CGAGCGGCGGCGUCUGCGCGGAAGGGUCCCGCCCCCGGAAGUGCUUGGACCGCGCCGGGGCCGCCCGCGCCGCCGCAGCCUCCGGGUCCGCGCGGCCGCCGACGGGCCGCCAUGGCGCUGGAGCCGACGGAGGCGCGGGGGUCCUGGCCGGGCGGUGCCGAGGCCCGCGCCCGUUUCCGCGUCGCCCGCUUCAUCAUGGAGGCCGGCGUGAAGCUGGGCCUGGGCUCGGUGGCGCUGGCCACGGCCUGCGCCGCCUUCCACCGGUUCUGGCGGGCGGUGGGGCCGGCCGCCCCCCACGACCCUCACCUGGUGGCCGCCGCCGCGCUCUUCCUGGCCGGCAAGGCCCAGGGCACCCCCCUGCGCGCCCGCGACGUCCUCAACGUGGCGCACAGGUGCCUGCACCCCGGGCAGCCCCCCCCGGGGCUGGACGGGGGGUUCUGGGGGCUGCGGGACAGCCUGCUGCAGUGCGAGCUGCUGCUCCUGCGCGUCCUCCGCUUCCGCGUCCCCAUCGCGCACCCCCACAAGUACCUGGUGCAGUACCUGCUGGCGCUGGGGCGCUGGGGGCGGCGGGGGGGCUGGGGGCACCCACGGGUGCCGGGGGUCUCCUGGGCGCUGGUGCGGGACGGGGCUGCGGGGGGGCUGGGGCUGCGACACCCCCCCCAGCACUUGGCCGCCGCCGCCCUCCACCUGGCCCUGGCGCUCUGCGGGCGCCCGGCCCCCCCCGGGACCCCCCCGCGAUGGUGGCAGGUGCUGAGCCCGGGGCUGGGCGCCGAGGAGCUGGAGGGGAUCGUGCGGGAGCUGCUGGGGCUCUACGGCCUCGACACCCAGGUGGGGGGCGACCCCCCCACACCGCCCCCCCUGCCCGACCGUGAUGACGACGACGACGACGACGACGAUGACGACAGACCCCCCCGGCGCCGCCUGCAGCCGCUCGCUCCGGAACGUCUUUAA